UCACCUGCUCACUCCACUGCAGCUACCCCAGAGCCAUGGUUCCCCGAGGCUGCAUCCUGGCUGUCUUGGCGGCUCUCUGCAUCUUCAGGCUCCUCUGCUCACAUGGAGCCCCAGUGGCUCCCACAAGUCCUUACCUGAUGCUGUGCCAGCCACAGCUGAGAUGUGGGGACAAGUUCUACGACCCCCUGCAGCACUGUUGCUAUGACAAUGCUGUGGUGCCCUUGGGCAGAACCCAGGGGUGUGGAAACUGCACCUUCAGAGUCUGCUUUGAGAGAUGCUGCCCCUGGUACCACAGCCCCCAGCCAUCCCUCGUGGUGAAGCGGAUAGACCAGAACUGCACCUCAGAACCCACCUCGGACAACAAGCCUUGUCACAGUCUCAGCUGAUGGAACGUCA